AUGACCACCACCACCACCAACAAAAGGGACCAACUCCCCUCCCUCCUCCUCCUCCCCUUCCCACCCCACCCUUUCAACCGCACCCUCCUCAACGCCGCCUACCGUCCCUCCCUCACCGCCGUCCUCUCCAAGCUCAAACACGCCAACCCCCACGGCGCAUCCAAACUCAUCGUCGCCGUCGCCGUCCCCAUCCUCCAGGGCCCGCCUUACCAGCUGCGCGCCAAGACCCUCUUCUGGUCCCAAGCGCAAUCACUCGUCGCGGGCCUGUACGCCAUCAUCUCCGUCAUCUGCGCCCGGCUGGGCAUCAGUACGGAGAUUGAUGGCGGGCCAGGGUCGGUGGACGCGACUGUUAUUUUGGUUGAUCAUGAUCGGGGCCGCAAGGCGCUUGUGACUGCGGAGGAUAAGAUGCUGAGGUCAGGAGGAAGUGGUGGUGGGGCAAGUGGGAGUUUGAUUGAGACGAACAAUACCGUCGUGGUGGAUCUGGCGAGUUUCGCCGAGGCGUAUCAUCCGUGGAACUACAUUUUCCAUGUGAGAACGGAGCAAGGGAUCGCGCUGAACGAGGUGUACUUGCAGAUGGCGGAGGGGAAGAUGGUGGGCGCGGCGAAUAAGAUUCGGCAGGAGCAGUUGGUUGCUGUGGAGGGGGGGUUGACGUUGAAUCAGGGGCUUGGGACUGUUGGAGAUACUACUACGGCGGCGGGAGGUAGGGAGGAGGAGAAGGAAAGUGAGGAGGGAAGAAAGGUAUCAGGCGUGCCGGUAGUCUGUCUAGGCGGACCUUUUGACCUAUCUCCAUCCAGGCCACAGCUGCUCUUGACGGCGGGCGCUCUGCUUUUGGGCCCACCGAGCAAAGACGAGCUGGCGCUGCCGGCUACUUCUCCGCGGCGCCGCGAGCCUUGCAAGUACCUCAUUGGCAUCACGGGCGACGAGCUGCUCAAGAACAAGAAGUUUGCCGAGUACGUGCAGUCGUGGGAGACGAGGGCGCGGAACGUGAUUUACUUUUUGUCACGGCUCCUGCAGCUCUCGGAUAAAGGGUGGAGGGAAGCCACGGGCCCGGCGGCGGGUGAGAAUAACAUCAACACGGCCGUGGCGGCGGGGGUCCACAUCGACGAGAACGACGGCGAUUUCCGCGCGGUGUUCAGGGACGGUACCAUCGUCGUGCAGUGUGUGCGGAUACAAGACGCCUUUGGCCCGACGAUCAGCGAGGAGGACAUCGACGUGCUGGUCGUGUCGGGGGAGACGCGGUCGGGUGGAAAGGCGGUUAAUGACAAGCGGGCGGAACAGGGGUGGAAGACGCUGGAGGUUUUUGAGGUGGAUGUGUUGAAUGCCGAUGAGAUCCCGGAGGAUGUCGGGGAGGAUGUCAAGGCUACGGAGGAUUUCACGUCUAAAAUUAGCAGCACGGUUAUCAGGCAGCAGAGGGCGGCGCAGGCUACGGGGAGGAGCGAGGUAAGAUUUGAGUUGAUGUUGCGUGUAUAUAUAUGUAAUGUACACACACGAGGGGAAGUGAGCGGGGACUUGGACGAGUUGUUAGUCUUCGGACAUAGCAUCAAGGCCCGAGCCCCGGGAAGUAAAUCUUGUCUGUCGACAAAAGCCUCGAUGGUCGCGGGAGAGAUAGGAUGA